AGAAUACUUGCAAACAUGGAGGCGAUUUAUCAAUUGGUCGUAAUCUUAGCUAUUAUUUUUGGGCAUCUGCAGUUCCAGUCCACGGUGUUAGCUGACCCUGCUUUUCGUCGCCCAAAUGCCAUCGCGCCCGCCCGCACCUAUAGCGGUGUAUACAACCACUCGACGAUUCACAGAGCUGUCGAAAAGUCCAAUUUGACUGCCCCGGCGGUUCACCAACCUGUCCUCCAGGCACCCGGAUUUAUAAUACCAUAUCAGAACCGUUCGUUGGUUCACGCCAAUCAGGGAUCUCAUGGCGUUUUACCAGGUAGCGUUCCAGCGCAAGAUUCAGGUCCUUCCAGCGUCUGGGUGGCCAGUAAUAAUCACCAACCAGGAGUAACUGGCGUUCUUCAACCAAACCCAUCCCAAGGUAAAAUCGUAAAUCCACCAUUUGUCAUUGGCAAAAAUAAUGGAUCGUUUUAUUCAACCUAUAAUGCAACAGUCCCUGGCAGGACUUAUCCUUAUGGAAACCUUUCCAUUUGAGCAAUUAUAAAAUUUUACCAAAACCCAAUAAACCAAAUUAAGAUU